AUGCUUUUGCUGGACCAAAGCAAGUACACUAGACAACGACAGAGCCUCUUGAAUGAUGUCCCAAAAGGUACAUCGAAUCCUGUCGUCGGCGUCGCACGGGCCACCGUAAAAUUCCCACUCUUCUGCUUCGUUCCCCUCCAAAGAUCCCACUUUCGUUAUCGACUUCCCAGCUCCAGAUUACCUCCCGCCUUCGUCUUUUGGAGAUUGAAACGGCCGAGUCCUUCGAUUACGAGCUGCGACCAUGGAAUUGCGUCGCGAGUGCCAUAUCACCAUUUGCGCAUUGAGGGAGCCGUCCAUGCGCAAACAAGACGGAGCGCCACACGAGGAAGGAGCUGUCGGCGUUCUAGCCACAAUAAUGGACUUGACUUUUCGCCUCCGCCUGUGCUCACUCCUAUGCGACGGCUGGAGCCUUGUCACACAGAGCAGCUGGGCUGUUUCGACGGCCCAGGUUUUGUUGGAAGAUCCCUGGAACUCUGGUCCCGUGGACAGAACCGAAGCAGACAGACAGCAACCUCAGCAUUGAAAGCCCAGUGCCAGCCAAACUGUUCAGGGUCUCUCCAUCAUCACAAGCCGCUGGCUCCUCCAAGAUCUUCAGUAUCGGAGCCAGAACUGCUUGGUGCGCACUUCGAUCCAAGCAUCUUCGAGGUCUCGACUGCGCAGGUUUCGUGA